AUGGCUGCUGCUCUCGCGAGCUCCACGUUUGCCGUUCCUGUGAACGUCGAUCCCGCUCAUCCUGCUGCUGCUUGGUGUAUGCGGUGCGUCUCGAACCUAGCUCCCUCUGGCACUGCUGCUCAACGAGCCCAUCGAAAAGCGCUUUGCGCUGCGUUUAAGGGUGCUCGUAACCGUCUAUCCUCGGCCAUCAGAACAGGGGCGGCACCACCUGAGCCUGUACGGCCAUUGUACGUGCCUCCGCCGCCGCCUCCACCCCCUCCUCCGAUUCCUCUUUAUUCUCGAGUGUUCGCUUCCGUCGCUACACUUCCAGCUGCUGGAGUUCGCUCUGGGCUAGGCCUCGUGAGGGCUGUGGACGAAAGGGGUCGUGAGGUUAUGCUGUCGACUCUGGGAUUCCUAUCCGCUCGACCUGCUCUGGUUUUUCCAUUUCCGCCAGCAUACGUUGUAGUGGCUGGUUCGGCUGCUCUUGUUCACUGGGAUCUUAUCCGUGACAAUCGCGAUCUCGGGUUUCUGGAGGCUAGUCGACCACUCUUAGUGUAUCUUCGGCUGCGCUCCCCCACUCGGUCCGUGCUACGGGGAUUUUUUGAGGAUAGCACUCGUGCUUUUCUUGAUUCUCCCCGUUUCCUGCAGGCUGUGGCCCGUUUGCCUCUUCGCUUUGCGAGGGCCUCCGCUCUCAUGCGUCCACUUAUGGCGCAGCUCGGGGUGUCCCUAGGACUACUUCCGAAGCCUCCUGCUCCUGUCCCCUCUCUGCUUUGA